AUGGAGAUGUGUAAUGAUGUUGAGUCGCAGAAAGGCGUGUCUCCAAGCACAGCCGUUGUGGAAGAGAGUUCCAAGUUUUUUAAUAUGCAGAACAUCAAGCUGUGGUGUGCUAUAGCCAUUUGGUACGGUUUGAAUGUAACUCAUAUCAUGAUAAGCAAAUCCUUACUGAGCGAUUUACCACUUCCAUGGAGUGUCUGCGCCUUUGAGUUUCUGGUCGGUUGGUUAUUUGCUGGUUUAUUUUGGGGCACUGGUUUCCGUAAAAUGCCCAGGUUCCCGAGCAUGUGCGCCUUUGUUAAGAUAUUUCUACCAUUGGGAAUAGCGACUGUUUUUCUUCAUUGCGGGACUAUCAUUUCCAUGGCAUUAGGUACCGUGUCCUUCACGACAGUCAUCAAAUCUGCGGAGCCUGUGGCCACAGCCGCUUUGUCUAUUCUGCUCCUUAAGGAUUAUCUGAACGUCUACGUCUACCUUUCCCUGAUACCUAUUGUUGCUGGUGUUGCGCUAGCAUCUGCGAAUGAACUGCAUUUCAACACUUGGUCUUUCCUUUGUGCGCUGCUUUCUAACGUGUUCGAGGCAUCACGUGCUAUUUUCACCAAGAAACUGGACUUCGACGACGAGGAAAUAGGUACUAACCUAUCACCUACUAAUGUAUAUAUGUUGUUCACAUUGGUAGCGUCGGUUAUAUGUCUACCGAUUGCUCUAAUUAUUGAAGCUCCUACGUGGGCCGAGGCAUGGGAAACUGCGACUAAGUCUAUGACCGGAAACGAGAAGACCUACAUAAUCUUGAAGAUUCUUGCUUGUGGUGUUUUCUACUACACGUACAAUGACUUUUCGUUCUAUUGCCUGGGACGGAUGAAUCAGGUGACGUACUCCGUGCUUAACACGAUGAAGCGUAUCGCUGUUAUCGUCGUCUCUAUUAUCAUUUUCAGGAACACUGUGGAAGUACUGGGUUACGUGGGUAUAGCGAUAGCUAUUGCUGGAGGUUUAUUAUAUUCGUUAGCGAAGCAGGGUGUCUGCACACGUCGAUCUACCAUAGUAGUUUGA